AUGUUCGGUAACAGUGACAACACAACAGAAUUAAUGCUACCAAUAUUAUUAGAUAUGGCUAAUCUAUUCAGAAGAGCUGUAAGGUCAGGGAAAGAACCACGAGAAGUUAAACUACCAUACGAGCCAUCUUCACAACAAUUACUAAGACGAUUUGACACAGAAGACAUUGUAUUAGAUGACGAACCAUUUGAUAUGGGCCUAGAACAAACUACUGUAGCUAGCCGUAGGUUUACUUCAAGGAAACACACUAACAAGACUGACACCAGAAAUAUACAAAACUCAUUUAAAUAUAAAGCAAAUAACAAGACAGACACUAAUACCGAUGACAAUUCAACGUUGUCAACUUCUACAACAACAGAAUCUGAGGCUGUAUCAGCUAAGAAUAUUUAUUCUAAUAUAUCAAGAUCCGAUAAUGGUACCCUAGACUUAACGGCAGACGCAUCGAAUCAAACUUUGGCUCAAGACUUACCAGUUGCAGAGAAGCUUAGGGCGUUAAGUAGAUACACUGACAGAAAAGGUUCUUCAUACCGUCGUGGUUUUUACACACCCAAAAUACCAUCACAAAUUGUCAGACGUACAACGCCUGAACCGACUUCUACAACACCGUCAGUGAUACGAAGAAGACCACCGUUACUCGGAAAAAUACCGACAAAAAGAAAACUACCCACUUCCACAGCCGAUACAAAUACGUGCGAACUGUUUACUAAUACGUUAUGUUUGAACUCUGAUGAUUACCCUACAGAAGCGAUAGUCCAAUCAAUACGACGUAAUAAGGCAGCAGCUGCAGCUCUUCUAGCAGAGUACAGGGAUCCAGCUGAAGGGGUCAUUGAUGGAGUGACAGCUGCACAAGAAGCUAAAUAUAAUGAACAACAUUAUUUGGUUUCUAACAGGCGAGGCGAUGCUGCCAAUCGAGACUUUGCAAGUGCUGGUGAGGCAGGAUUUAUGUGUCCAAGCACAGUCAAGUACGCACGACCCCAGCGAGCUAGAGCCACAUCUGGACUUUGGAAGUACAUCGUUAAUACUGGAGAACAUACACAGACUUUAAGAUUAGAGAAAUGCUUAAAACCCAAAGAAUCCUGUACUUACUUAACAGAUAAUUUCAAAUCGAAAUGCGUUCAAGUAUAUAAUUAUCACCGGCUGCUUACCUGGGAUCAGCAGAACGGUCUUCAUAUGGAUAUAUUCAAGGUUCCAACAUGUUGUUCGUGUCACAUAGAAGGAUACAGUGUAUCAUUCCCUCCUCUUGGACAUAGAGUUCAAGAAACGUCUUCAGAACACUUCCCGGGAGAAGAUUUAUCUGCAGAACAAGGAAAUCAUGCUUUUGAAAAUGUGCAGUCUACUAAUCUUCAACCCAAAAUAAAAUCACCGCCAUUUUCGCAAAGAAAACCUUCGGAGUCAUUACCACCGUUUUCAGGUCACAAAAAAACCUUAGACUCAUUUUCACAGUUCUCUGAUACCCAAAACUUAAUAUCAGGGAGUCCAUUUAGUAAGCAAAAUGAUAACGAUGAAUCUUUAGCUUCAAACCCUAUUGAUUCUUAUGGAAAUACAUACUUCCCCGACUCUUUCAAUCAGGCCAGUAACAUAAGACACAAUAAAAGACAACCUUCUGCUAGAAAUCCUGUACAAAACUUUGAUGAAGUAACGUUGCCCAGUUUCUUAGAGCCUCCGACUCCUGCAGCUACCUCAACAUUUAGUUUUGUUAAAGACACUUCUUCAAAGUUCAAACUACCGGGAAAUCAAUUUAAAAGAGCCCAAUCAAGACCGAGUCUAACAAAUCGUAGACCUAUAAGGAAAAAUAUAUCUGACCCAGACGAUUUGGUAUCAUCAGGAACAGAAGCUCUUGAAUCUUACCCCAAUGAAAGUGAAUCAAGAGAAGAGGUUAAUAAUUAUGAGGAACCCGAAAUUGGUCAAGCUACUGCUGUAAGUAAUCCUCCUAAAACUAGAUUUACCAUAGCACCAAAACUACACGCUCAAACCACAGAAAAAGAACAAACUACACCUGAACCAAAACAAUCGAGUACUGUUAAUGUAAAUUAUGAAUCAAGGGGGCAAAGAAUAAAUUAUAACUACCAUCCGAUAAUAGACUUUUUUGAAGAGGAUAAAGAAAUAGAAACAGAUAAUAUUAUGGAUAGAGAAGAUGUAGGACAAAGUUAUGUUCCAUUAUUAGAUUCAGAAUGGAAACCUAUCGAGCAUCCUAUUUCUAGAACAAGAAAAACAAACACAGUUGAAAGAAAAAAACAUAAAUGA